GUGUCUUGGUUUUGAUAUUUAUUUUGCAUAUAGAAAUAGGAUGAGACGUUAUGGUGUGUUUGUUUUAAAAUGUUAUCCUCAGUAUGGCAUUUGAGCAUUCAUCAUAAGCGAAGUAUUGGAAGUUUUGUGCGUGCUGCUUAUAAUGUUGAGAAUCAAGAACUCAACGAUGCCCGAAUCAUUUAUAGUGUUGCUCCAGCUAUGGAUCAUAACCAGGAAUCCCAUCCAGAAUCUCAUCUUAGAGUUCCUGCAAUUGUGACUGCACUUCAAAACAUGAACCUCACUUCAAAGAGAUCAUUGAACUACAACAUUUUAAGCCUGCUUCUGCGGAUGACGUUGCAAGUGUUCAUGCCAAAGCUUAUGUCUCUAGCCUUGAGAAGGUGCAUUACCUUGAUCGACUAUUUUCUCUUGCUCUCCCCUGCCAUUUCUUGUGUUGAGUUACAUGUAAUUACUAAGAUCGCUAAAUUUCAACAUAUGGCUGAAGAAUCAGAGCUCGUUGGUACUCCCUCCACCCUCCCCUCAUUUUUUUGUGCUGGUUCGCAUUCAUUUUUUUAAAAUCAUAUCACUGUAGAAACUAUUUAUUUAAUAUGAACGGUG